AUGGCUCACCAACCUGACAUCAAGAAGAAAAUGAGGGAGAUUCUCAUUGACUGGCUUAUUAAGGUCCACUACAAGUUUAAGUUUGUGGUUGAGACACAAUUCCUUACCGUAAACCUUAUAGACAGGUUCUUAGAGCGCCAAAUGGUGAUCAGAAAGAAGUUUCAAUUGGUUGGUGUGACAGCCAUGUUAUUAGCUUGCAAGUAUAAGGAUGUUUAUGGAGAAAUGCUUGACAAGGGAGUCAAUUUGGAUGAGUUUACCUAUGUUUUGUUGACGGUGAAAAAAAUCACUAGGGACAUUCCGAGCUAUCAGUUUAUAAUAAAGACGUUGACUGAUGCUGGGAAACUCGAUAAGGCGCUUAAUGUGGUAGAUACAAUGUUGGAUGAUGAUGGGGUUGAACUCUUUAACAAUCCAAAUAAGAAGGCUAUGUUGUUUUUGAACUUCGCUAGUGAGUCUUCUGAUGCUUUCAAAUCCACAUAUCGUGAAGUUGCUAAGAAAUAUAAGAAAGAAGACAUAAGCUUUCUCAUUGGAGAUCUCAAGGUCGUAGUCACUGACAGCAUCCAGGAGGACAUCAAGUAUGGAAAAUAUGUGUUGCUGGAGUUCUAUGCUCCUUGUUGUGGACAUUGCAAGAAGCUUGUUCCAAUUUUGGAUGAAGUUGUUGUCUCAUAUGAAAAGGAUUCCAAUGUCGUUAUUGCAAAUUUACAGGCCACUGCAAAUGGUGUGCCAAGUGACUUCGAUGUCAAAUAUUAUCACCUGCCUCAACGCCUGCAGGAUUAG